UCUCUUCAACCAAAACCUUUUCUUUAAUUGAAGGGAACUAGUAAAAAGGGAAAAGAAUGUCCCUUUGUUCCUCCUUUAAUGCAUCCACCCUUUAUUCUGCACAGCCCCAAAGCUACAAAACUCGGUUCUCCUGUCAAUUCAUCAGACAAUUUCAGGUAAAUUCAGUAUCUUACGCUUUAGCAUCUUCAUCUCAGAACUUAUCAAAGCCCUUGGAGUUUAGGAGAGAGAGAUUCAAACCCAUUACAGCUUCAGCAACAAACAGUGUUGAAACCACUAAAGCAUCAUCCUUUAGAAGCAAAAACCCAAAAGAUAUUAAUAUUCUGGUGGUGGGUUCAACUGGGUAUAUUGGAAAAUUUGUAGUUAAGGAGCUGGUUGAUAGGGGGUUCAAUGUUAUAGCCAUUGCAAGGGAGAGCAGUGGAAUCAGGGGUAGGAAUAGUAAAGAAGAUACCUUGAAUGAAUUGCAGGGAGCCAAUGUGUUUUUCUCAGAUGUUACCAAUUUGGGUACUUUGGAGAAAUCUUUGCAGGAAUUAGAUUUAUCAUUUGAUGUUGUUGUGUCUUGUCUUGCUAGCCGGACUGGUGGUGUUAAGGAUUCCUGGAAAAUUGACUAUGAGGCAACAAAAAAUAGUCUUAUUGCUGGUAAGAAAUUAGGAGCAUCACAUUUUGUGUUACUUUCUGCCAUAUGUGUGCAAAAGCCCCUUCUUGAAUUUCAGCGAGCAAAGCUGAAAUUUGAGGCUGAAUUGAUGAAAGAAGCUGAAUUAGAUAAUGGAUUCACCUAUAGCAUUUUGAGGCCAACUGCAUUCUUUAAGAGCUUGGGGGGAGGGGGGGGGGGGGUUAAAAUUGAGUUGGUGAAAGAGGGGAAGCCUUACGUGAUAUUUGGUUAUGGGAAGUUAUGUGCUUGUAAGCCAAUUAGCGAGCGGGAUCUGGCUUCAUUUAUUGCGGAUUGUGUGUUGAGUAAAUAAGAUUAACCAGGUAUUGCCAAUAGGCGGCCCAGAGAAGGCAUUGACACCACUGGAGCAGGGGGGAGAUUUUGUUUAAGCUUCUAGGGAAGGAGCCGAAGUUCUUGAAAGUGCCAAUUGGGAUAAUGGAUUUUGCCAUUGGGAUUCUUGAUUUCCUUGUCAAGAUAUUCCCUGCAAUGGAAGAUGCAGCUGAGUUUGGAAAAAUUGGAAGGUACUAUGCAGCUGAGAGUAUGUUGGUU